UACGAGUACGCGUUCAAACCUACAAGCCACAUCCACACCAACACAACAUCCCUGCGUUUUCUCUGCUCCUGCAUCUUCAGGUUCUCAUUCAUAAAAAAAAAACAAAUCUUCUAUGUUAACUUCCUUUUAACGUUAGUUGUCCUCAUCGUUUACUUCGUUUACUUUUCAAUUUCAAUUUUUUUUCUUUUAUAUAUUGAGCUCAACCCAUGAUUACCUACUGAUUAUUAAUUAAAUAAGAAGUUGAAAUAUAAAACCCAAGGAAGAAGAAGAAAGCCACCUUUGCCGCAGUCUAUGGGUAACUGCCUUGGUUCUUCUGCUAAAGUAGAUAGCAGCCAAAGGUCACACACUCCUUCAGCAUCUGGAUCCUCAAGAAUUUCCAGCAAAACGAGCCGUUCUUCAGCUCCAUCCAGCCUGAAUAUCCCAUCAUAUAGUGAAAAAAGCAAUUCUGAAUCUCUUCCUACCCCGAGGACUGAAAGUGAAAUAUUGUUAUCUCCAUAUCUAAAAGCCUUUACGUUAAAUGAGCUAAAAAAUUGCACUCGGAACUUUCGCUCGGAUAGUCUUCUUGGUGAAGGCGGAUUUGGUUAUGUUUUCAAAGGAUGGAUUGAUGUACACACUUUGGCUCCAGCGAGGCCUGGGUCAGGAAUGGUUGUUGCUGUUAAAAAGCUUAAACCUGAAGGUUUCCAAGGCCACAAGGAAUGGUUGACAGAAGUAAAUUAUCUUGGUCAACUUCAUCAUCCGAAUCUAGUAAAACUAAUUGGGUACUGCUUGGAGGGUGAGAACCGGCUUUUGGUAUAUGAGUUCAUGCCUAAAGGGAGCCUAGAGAAUCAUCUAUUUAGAAAAGGGCCACAGCCACUUUCAUGGGCAAUAAGGAUCAAAGUGGCCAUAGGUGCUGCUAGAGGGCUCUCUUUCCUCCAUGACGCAAAAUCACAAGUCAUAUACCGUGAUUUUAAGGCUUCUAAUAUUUUACUGGAUGGGGAAUUCAAUGCAAAGCUUUCUGACUUUGGUUUGGCGAAGGCAGGACCUACUGGUGAUAGGACUCAUGUAUCAACUCAGGUCAUGGGUACUCAAGGGUAUGCAGCACCAGAAUAUGUUGCUACAGGUCGCCUGACGGCCAAAAGUGAUGUGUACAGCUUUGGGGUUGUGUUGCUGGAGCUGUUGUCUGGACGAGGUGCUGUUGAUAAGUCAAAAGUAGGUAUAGAGCAGAAACUGGUUGAUUGGGCAAAGCCAUAUUUGGGUGAUAAACGAAGAUUAUUCAGAAUAAUGGACACCAAGUUAGGAGGCCAGUAUCCCCAGAAGAGUGCCUACAUGGCUGCUAACCUCGCCUUACAGUGCUUAGGCACUGAUGCUAAACUGAGGCCUAAAAUGUCGGAGGUAUUAGCAACGCUGGAGCAGAUUGAAUCUCCUAAAAGUGCUUCAAAGCACUAUCCGUUCGAACAGCAAACGCGGGCAGUUCACCCAGGCAAGUCCCCCAUGAGACAGCAAUAUUCUCCACUGAAUCUAACCCCACGAGCUUCGCCAUUGCCAUCACACCGUCAAUCAUCGCGAGUUCGAUGACUUCUCCAUAAAUUUCUUAUUUGCUUCCAUAUUUUAGAGUGGGUGUAGUUUUGAAUCCAAGCAUUUGCCAUGAUGCAAUUUUAUACUAUGGGGAAUGGAUGACCAUAUUUUCUUAUUCGGGAGCUAUAUGGUUUGAUUUCAUUGUUGGUAAUCUGUUCAUUCUGUUUAUCAUGUAAUUAAAAUUCGUGCAUCAAUACCCGCUCUAUGCGUUGCUUGUUUUUUGAUUACUCAUAUUAGAAGGAAAUGUUUUAAAUA